CGGUCAAAGGUGACAGUCAGCUCACAGUCCACCUGUAUCCUACAUACAGCAGUAAGGUAGCCUUGUAUACCGACCCCUCCCUAUUUCCAAAAGGAAAAGACAUGCCGGUGGCUCACAUCAAGACCAACCUGUCCCCAGACCAGAUCAGCGAUGAGUUCAUGAAAGAGACAUCCAAGAUGAUCGCCGAGCUUCUUAACAAGGAAGAAUUGGAGGUGACCAUUCAAGUGGACGCCGGGCUGAAGAUUCUGCGAGCGGGCUCCUUCGAUCCGUACAUACAGUUCGAGAUAAGAUGUAUCAAGAAAUUCGACGAGGAGAAAGACAAGGAGAAAUACUCCAAGGCUUUUACCGACUUCCUGUCCGAGAAACUACCUGUGCAGUACGACAGGAUCGUGGUGUUUUUCCACCGAGUGAACCCGGAGGACGUCAGCGUAAACGGAACCCUGGUCUCCAGCCUGGAGAAGAAAGAAUGACGUUGACGUCACACGUGCUGUUAGACGUCACACGUGCUGUUUUUCUCCCUUUGAUCCGUUUAUAAAAUUCGUUCCUCGUUCCUACGAGCUACCGUAGAUUAGACCUAUAUUAAUUAGGCCACACAUCAAAGAGGUGCUAGUGUAACGGAAAUGAAAAAGAAACCUACAGUGGGGGUCGCUGGAAGACAGACGUAGAAUGUCCAGACUGUGCAUGAGGUACAAAAUGACUAAUAAACUGGUGGACGUACCAACCACUAAGUAUCUGAUACCAGCCCAGAAAAGAACAAGAAACAGUCAUGCUUUCAAAUAUCAGAGUUAUCAACCAAGAAUUGAGCUGAGGUGUUUAACAACUCGUAUUUCCUCAGAACUAUCGUAGACUGGAACUCGUUGCCACCAAGCACAGUUGGGGCAUCAUCACUAGAAAGCUUCAAACAACUCCUGUUGUAAUUAA